AUGACUGACGCGAACUCCGACGCACUUUACGCCCUUUUAUGUGGCCAAGGAAGAUGGUUCUUCAAGCAGUCCGAAUUCUUCUCGGUCACGUUCCAUGAGGGUGGAACGGGAGAGCUCAUCUACAUCGGAGAUCAUAUGUGGAUAAUUGGUGCCAACAUUGAAUGGAACCGGCUCCCGCUCUCCAGCACCGACGUUGGACACAAGCCUCAACAUUCUACGACCAAGAUCAUUGGUACGAUUAAGCUCGAGAUCAGACUUCUCAAAAGUCACGCGAAGUCUCUGAGCGGUCGGUUCGAAGAAUUCCUCAACUCAAUGUAUUUUUACGAAGAGGCCUUUCAGCCACGGCCUCUCCUUAUCACUAUAGAAAGAGGUCUUUUUGCUAUGGAUAACGAAGGAAUGAACGUAGCGUUGAUGCUCGAAAGACCUCACAAGAUGCGAGCAGGACGAUGUGGCUUGCGUCUGUGCUUCGAUCAAUCGCCGUACCCAUCUAUCGAGUCCACCAAGAAGGAGGGUCCAUUCGGGGGCAACACUGGCUACCUAGACUUGAGCAAAUACACGUAUGCUGUCGGAAAAGAAUUCUUAGCUUCAGCGAAAUAUACAGCAACUCGAAAUGGGUCACAUGCCAGCGAGACGCGAUGUGCGACUUCAUAA